AUGGAGUGUCUUCUGGCGCAACAACUCGCUAUCGCCUUGCCGUCAGUUGAGUCACGCUCGAUUGUCGAUAUGGAGAUCGGACCGCCGAGGCGCGACAAGAUCUUGGGAAUGGAGGACUACACAAUCGAACCGCCUCCGACGACACAAGUCGCGCGCCCCUCUGAAGUCUGGCAUGAGAGUGCCCCGACAAGCUCAAAGCCGACUCCAAGGCCAGAAGUGUCAUUCCAAACAGUCACCACGAACCUCGAAGCAUUCAUCGAGCCAACCGUAGCACAGAGAGUCCUCGGCACAGUAGAGCUGCUGGAGAUGGUCCUCCUUGAACUCCCCAUCGCCACGCUCUUCACCGUCCAGCGCGUCAACACCAAGUUCCACGACACCAUCACUGGCUCUAUCCACCUACGGCGCGUCAUGUUCCUCGAGACAGACCCUUCCUUCGAAGCCAGCAACAAGCAACAAAUCAACCCAAUGCUCGAGCAAUGCACGUUUACCCCAAAAUCCGGUCUUUACCUCGAACUGGUCACCAAAACCGCCAACCCGCUCUAUCGCUCACUGACAGAUUGUCUCGAAAUUGACCUGCCUUACUUCACCACACCUACGAGCAAACGCAGCCGCCUCCGCGACAAGGUGUGGCUCGGACACGUCCGCAAACCGACAAAGCCACUCAUGCUGCCCCACCGCACAGACGUCAGGGAGUCGUGGCAGUACAUGUUGCUCAAGCAGGGUCGACCAGCCAAGACGUCAGUGAGGUUGUGGCAUCACUUCGGCAAGAUCUCCAGGCCGCUAGACUAUGCGAGGGAGAAGUUUAGGAAGAGGACAUAUAUGGGCAGGGUCUGGAGGUUCAUCAAGCAGAUGCAUUGA